UUAAUGCAAACGUAGCUAAAGUCGUAGGACGUUGACUAGGAACUUCCGUAAUAUAAAUUGUUAAUUCGUUUAAUCAAAAUUUACUUUGAAUUAAUUCUUGAUAUUAGAAACAGCGCGAUGAAAUUAUUAAUUUUAUUCCAAAUAUUUUUUCUUCUAAUUCAAGGACAACACGUUAAACGAUUCACCAGAUCGACAGACAAAACAAAUGUUAAUGACUUUUUACAAAAAUUUGGAUAUAUGCCAAGAUUGCGAUCCUUAAAAACUUCAAAUACAUCCGACGAAUCGACAAGCUAUGCAUUAAGAACGUUUCAAGAAUAUAAUCACCUGCCAGUAACCGGUGAAUUGGACGACAAAACGGUUAAACUCAUGAAUACUCCAAGAUGUGGAAUGCAAGACAAACCUACACCACACGGAAUGCCUCUGGCUUUUUCAGCUGGCAACGGUGAUUGGGGUAAAAAAGUCCUGACGUAUAAGAUUUCAAAAGGCAGUACAAAAGUGACUGCAGUAAUUAUAAGGGAAAAUAUAGCAAAGUCUGUAGCAGUAUGGACAAGCGUAGCAGAUAUAACAAUAACUGAGGUUACAGGAGCCGCUUCUGCUGACAUAGAUAUACGGUUUGAAUUUGGUGCCCAUGGAGACGGAUUUCCAUUUGAUGGCCCAGGAGGAAUUGUCACACAUGCUUGGUAUCCACCUGAUGGGAGACUCCAUUUUGACGACGCUGAGGCUUGGGAUGUUGGUGGAAAUGGCGCAGAUUUGUUCCCAAUCUGCGCACAUGCAAUAGGGCAUAUUUUAGGAUUGGGUCAUUCCAAUGUUCCAGGAUCUAUGAUGUAUCCAUGGGAUCCUGCUACGGGAAAUCCAGCUGGCGUUCUUUCACCAGACGAUCUUGCAGGAAUACGAAGUUCAUUCGGAACAACUCCCGGCACAGUUACUCAAAACUUACUUGAUGCAAAUGAUCUACAAAGUAGACCGGCGGGACUUGUUGGAAAGCCAGCUGUUUGUUAUAUGUCAUUCCAAGCUGCAACUAAAUCCCCAGCAAUGGAUAUGACAAUAGCUUUUGUAGAGGAUGUAUAUGUAUUGGUUAUUGAUGACGAUGUUGGCUUACGAAGAAUUACAAGAACAGAAUCGAUAUUUUCCGGGAUCUUCUAUAAUCCUGAUGCUGCUUUCACUAACCCCAAAACUUCAUACACAUAUUUCAUAAAAGGAAAGUAUGUCUAUGAAUUUGAUUAUAAUCUGGAUCCUGUUUCGAGAAAUAUGAUAACAGACGAUUUCCCAGAGGAUCCACAUGCUUCGUUUGCGAGAAGUGAAAAUGAAAUAUAUAUUUUUGGUGCAACUAAAGUAUGGAAGUUUGACUUACAAAAAAAAAGCGUUGUUCCCGGAUCGGAGGCUCUUAUCAAGGACGCGUUCAGAGGGGUACCAGACGACAUUGACGCAGCAAUUUACGAUAAACCUAACACAGUAUAUUUCUUCAAAGAACUAAGCUACUAUGUGUAUGACUUGGAGACCAACCGCGUUACAGAAGGUGGACCUGAAUAUGAUGCUCCUGCCACAUUUCUCCAAGACAAAUGUAUAUCGGAUGACCAGUAGACAAUAUA